AUGAAGAUCGCAUCUGUUAUCACUGCAUUUUGUGCAGGUCUUGCUGCUGCCACAAAUGUGCAACCCCAGCCGGGUCCCAAACCUCAGAAUAUUGGCAUUGCCCUCUUCAAGGGCUGGCAGCCUCUAGAUGUCUUCGGUCCCAUUGAGGCCUUCUGGGGACUAGGCACAAGCCAACCUAUUAAUAUCUACCUUCUUUCUGAAGAUGGUGUCUCAUCUGAAAUCAAACCAUACACUCCAUUCGCUACGAAUUCCAAUACCUCUGCUACCGUGUUAACGGGUUAUUCAUACGCAAACCCACCGCCAUUAGACGUCCUACUCGUCCCAGGCGGUGUUGGAACUAGAAAUGAUGCCGGUGUUGCCCCUGUCAUUGCUUUCGUCAAGGAAGUUUACCCAUCUCUCCAAUACAUUAUCUCCGUCUGCACCGGAGCCUCGAUCCUCGCACGCGCAGGACUUCUUGACGGCAAGCGCGCUACUACGAAUAAGAGAGCUUGGGCAUUCGUUACUCAAUUCGGGCAGAGGGUUAGGUGGAAUCCUAAGGCUAGAUAUAUCAGGGAUAGAAAUGUCUGGACUACCAGUGGUGUUUCGGCUGGUGUUGACGGUGUGCUUGGCUGGAUCGAGUAUGUUUGGGGCAGCGCUGUUGCCACGGGUGUGGAGAAUGGGAUGGAGUGGAACAGAGUUGGGGCUAAUGAUGAUAAGUUCGGCAAGUUGUAUGGGCUUUGGUAG